AUGCUCAUCGAUAAUCAUCUUUUUGGAAAGAACUAUUUUUUUUUAAAAAGUGUUGAUGUAUCUCCACCUGCAGGGUCUUCUGUAUGGCUCCCCUGCAAGGGGAAGACCCAUUUUGCCAAAGCAAUCGUGCAGGCCUCAGGGUGCCAGUUUAUACACUUGCAGGCAUCUUCCCUGGCUGACAGGUGGUAUAGGGAACCACAGAAGCUCACAGCAGCUAUUUUCUUACUGAUCACCAAGAUCCAGCCCUGCAUCGUCCUCACUGAUAAAAUAGGCUCCUUUCUGCAGAACUGUUCCAGCGCUGACCAUGAAGCCAAUGCCAUGAUUAAAGCCCAGUUCAUGAGCCUCUGGGAUGGGCUGGAGAGCAGAUCUGACUGCCAGAUGAUAGUACUGAGCAACAGACUGCGCGAUGUGGAACCUGCCAUCCCGAGAAUGAUGCGUGUCACCUUCCAGAUCGGUUUACCUAUGCUGAAGCAGCAGCAAGAUAUUCUGAAGCUCAUUCUGGCCAGAGAAAAUAUGAGUCUCUGCACUUUGAUCCUUCUGCACUGUGCUCAAGAGGCCGUUCUCUGCUCUCUUCAGCACAGACUUGUGGCCUGGCAAGGGGCAAGGUCUCCUAAAAGCCAAGAUGCCCAUGGUCCAAGAGUCACCAACCUGUGAGUGGCAGAUGAGGAGAAGGAAACAACUAGCAUUGACAAUACAAAGUUCCCCCCAACCAGAGGAGCAGCCCAAGAAGUGGGAGGCUGGGUAGAUGCCUAAGCAGGGAUGAGCAUGCAUCAUGCAGUGGAUAGCCUACACCAAGGGUCGGCAACCUUUCAGAAGUGGUGUGCCAAGUUCAUUGUAAUUUAAGGUUUCGUGUGCCAGUAAUACAUUUUAACAUUUGUAGAAGGUAUCUCUCUAUGUCUAUAUUAUAUAAAUAAAACUAUUGUAUUUAAAGUAAAUAAAGUUUUUAAAAUAUUUAAGAAGCUUCAUUUAAAAUAAAAUUAAAAUGCAGAUCUUAUCAAUUUAGUGUGAUUCUUGCCUGGGAUCCUUAUCUGGGGUUCCAGCCCUGCUCAGUCUGCUUCCGGUCUGGGAUCCAGCUGCUGGCCCGGGUCAGCCCGCUGCCGGUCUGGGGUUCCAUUCACUCAACCAGCAGUGGGCUGAGCGAAGCCGGUGGCCGGGACCUCAGACCAGCAACAGGCUGAGUGGCUCGGUCUGCUGCUGGUCUGAGGACCCAGCUGCUGGCACCACUC